CUUCACCACGUCUCAAACACGUUGGCUGCCGCCGUGCGUCGCAUCCCUCCCCGGAGCGCCGCCACCGGCGACCGGCCACCAGCUCCACGGGUUCCUCUUCUUGCCCCGUCCAGAACUCCUCGCUCUUCACUUCAACCACCUCUCCAAACCCCCAAACCAAGCCAAUCGCCCACCCGAUCCAUGGCGAGCAGACCCGCCGGCGCCGCCGCCGUCCCUCGCGUGACCCUCAGCACGGGCCACGCGAUGCCGGUGCUGGCCUUGGGCACGGGCUCGUCCCGCACGCCGCCGGACCUGGCCGACACCAUCCUGCACGCCGUGCGCCUCGGCUACCGCCACAUCGACACGGCCUCCUUCUACCGCACGGAGCCGGCCGUGGGCGCCGCCGUGGCCGCCGCCGUGCGCGCGGGCGCCGUCGCCGCCCGCGCCGACCUCUUCGUCACCUCCAAGCUCUGGAUCUCCGACGCGCGCCCGGGCCGCGUCGUGCCGGCGCUGCGGGAGUCCCUCGCCCGCCUCGGCCUCGACUACCUCGACCUCUUCCUCGUCCACUGGCCCGUCGCCACCGACGGCGGCACGCAGGUCGGGUUCGACAUGGAGGGCGUGUGGCGGGGCAUGGAGGAGUGCCACCGCCUCGGCCUCGCGCGCUCCGUCGGCGUCAGCAACUUCUCCGCGGCCAAGAUGGACAGACUCAUGUCCCUCGCCGCCGUCCCGCCCGCCGUCAACCAGGUGGAGCUCAACGUAGGCUGGAGGCAGGAGAAGGUGCGGGAGGCCUGCGCGCGGCACGGCGUCGUCGUCUCAGCCUACUCGCCGCUCGGCGCGCUCGGCACCGCAUGGGGCUCAGACGCAGUCAUGGAGAGCGGCGUCCUGCACCAAGUCGCCGCUGCCAAAGGGAAGACCGUCGCGCAGGUGGCUCUGCGGUGGGUGUACGAGCAGGGCGUCUGCUUUGUGGCAAGGAGUUAUAACAGGGAGAGGCUGGAGCAGAACAUGGCUAUCUUCUCCGGCUGGGAGCUGAGCGAGGAGGAGAAGGAGCUGAUCGCGACAAUACCACAGAAGAGGGCGUCCCAGGGGGAGUAUUUCGUGUCACCCGACGGGCCUUACAAGUCGGUCAGCGAACUCUGGGACGACGAGAUAUGAAUCUACAUGCCAUGUACCCUCCCUGAAGUCGAGAAUUUAGGUUAUUCGUGGCCUUGUGGUUUGUAAAUUGGCUUGUACGUCGAUUUGUAGUGAGUGCAUAUGUAACAAUAGGGUCAGCGAACUCUACCAUAUGUAACAAUUGGCUUGUCGGCCUUACAAGUCGGUCGGUGAACACUCUGGGACGACGAGAUAUGAAUCUAGACAUGCCAUGUACCCUCCCUGAAGUCAAGAAUUUAGGUUAUUCGUGGCCUUGUGGUUUGUAAAUUUGCUUGUACAUCGAUUUGUAGUGAGUGCGUAUGUAACAAUAGGGUUUCAUGUGAACCAUUUGUGUCGCAUGAUUGAUAUUUGUGGAGAUAUUAGAGGAACUGUUCAUGAUUUUGUGUA